AUGAGACCCUGCGUGGCGAUCCUGGCGGCGUGCAGCAUGGUGCUGGCAGUCUCGGCCGUCGAGACCAUGCCCACCGUGGCAGAGGACGUCUUCCCCAUGGAGGAGACCUCGGCCGUCGAGACAAUGCCCACCAUGACAGAGGACGACGACGUCCCCGUGGAGGAGACCUCGGCCGUCGAGACCAUGCCCACCGCGACAGAGGACGAAGACGUCCCCACCGAGGCGACCCCGAUGCCGACGCCCACCGACAGCAUCUUGGACAAGCGCAAGGGGUCGGCAAUCGCGAGGAGGUGA